AUGAACGACUUCAAGAAACUCCAGGCGGUCUUAUCUAACAAACUAACCGACGAGUACAUCCCUCUCCUCCGGCGAUCGCUAUCCUCCGGCGUGCUCAAAACCGACGUCGACACCGUCCUUGAUGGACUCGUUGCUCACUACGAAAGCGUGGAUCAUGCCGUCAACGGGAACACCAUCGGCGAUAUUUAUCCUUGCCUCUUCACCAAUCUGGAGACUCCGUUUCUCCUCUUCGGCGAUAUCCACCCUUAUCUCUUCACCAAUCUCCUCCGAUCUUUUAUUGAACGCGAUAAUGAAGAUUCCCAUCAAGUUUCGAUGGGACUGCAUCUGAACGAAGCUGAAGAGUGGAAGGUGGUUUCUCCGUGGAAAGACUCUUCGGCGCGACUAAUGGAAAGACUCGAUAUCCUCGAGUGCAGGACGAGGAUGAUGGUUCCUGCGUUUUUGGAGCAGAUGCGAGCGGCACAAAGAGAGUACGUGGUUGCUCGAGUCUCAGAGAUCUUCUCCAAUCAAGGCAACAAGAAGGUUGCGCUUAACGAGUCUUUCACGCCGGAACAAUUGGACGACUUUGUGCAGAUUUUCUUGGCUGCGAAUCGCCUAAGGAAGCGUGUUCUCCUUAGUUUAGUUGACUCGCUUACUUUGGAUGAAUCAGCUCGGUUUCUUGAAGCCGUAUGCCACAUUCUUGUUGGGUUUAAAGAUCAGGUAUAUGGACUAACAUACACUGAAGAAGGGAAACGAGACAAUACGAUUCUGGUAUGCAACUUCAUUUACGGAGUCAUCGUCGUUCCACCGUUGAUAAACUUGAUUGGACGUAUGAACAAGAGAGAGAUGGAGACCACUGCCUUUACGUUUGCCGGGGCUGUCUAUGGGGCACUAGUCGCUACGUUCGUGGCAUCGAUGGUUCAGAGAAGGGGACUACGGAGAGCUUUAAAAGAUGCAUUGUGGGGAGCACUUACGUUCGCUGUUGGGGGAGCAGUACCGUUGGUCUCGGGGAUGCUGAUUCCCAGCAGAUCGUUGAAGACGGUGGUGACCGUUGUUCUCACGGGUGUAUUGGUGAGUCUCGUGUUGAGUCGGGAUUAUAAAUCCCGACCGGACCCAAAACAAAUCACAAAUACCGUAGUCUUGUUGUUGUUCACACUUGUUGCAAUCGGCAUUAGCGUUGCUUUUGCCGAUACAAUAAGUCGUUUGUGA